AUUGGAUUGUAAUGUCAGUGAUAUCUUGGAUGAGACCAUUGAGUGAACAAGUUUUGAGUGCAAUGUCUGGUGUGUCACUUGAGCUCAUCCCUAGCGGUCAUUACGUGAAUCUCUGAAGGCUUUGAUUUUUUUGGUGUUUUGUUGUUUGAAAACAACAUAUUUGUCGUUAAAAAAGUGAUUAUUAAUUGAUUUAUUGACUUUCAUUGAUUGCCACAAUCAAAGUGAUUGACCAAACCAUCGGUGGUGUCAAGUAUUGUAUCAAAUGAUUGACAAUUUUGGUUGACGUCUUGAGUACUCAACUGUUUGUUGCAAUUGAUUGAGUGAACCGACUAUUUGAAUGGCAAUGUCUUCGCAAAACCACAAAGAUAUCAAAUACCCGACUGGUUGUCGGGAAAUCAGCGAAGAGCUGCCCACUGAUGACCUCAUCAGAAGACUAAAAGACAUAGCAAUGGCUUUUCAGCAGAUGUCUCAAGAAGAGGAUAACAGUGCUUUCAUACCAUUAGCACUAUAUUUAUCGAGUGAUUACUUUCUGGAGCACCCCUCCCGUGAUGUGCGUCUACUGGUCGCCUGUGCUAUUGCUGAUGUCUUCCGCGUUUAUGCUCCCACUGCUCCCUAUCAGCACCCGGAGCUCAUUAAACAUAUAUUCUUAUUUUUUAUUCAACAGUUAAAGGGAUUACAAGACCCUAAAGACGCCACAUUUAAAAGAUAUUUUUAUUUACUGGAGAACCUGGCGUGGGUUAAGUCAUUCAAUAUAUGCAUUGAACUCGAAGACUCUCAGACUAUUUUCGCACAAUUGUUUUCAUUGAUUUUUAAGAUUGUCAAUGAGAACCAUAGCGACAAAGUGAAGAACUUUAUGCUCGAUAUGUUGACGCCAUUGAUCAUUGAAUCGGAUACCGUUUCAUCAAAACUGAUUGAAAUAAUUUUGUGGCACAUUAUUGACCCCAAAAAGACAAACAACAAACAAGCGAAUUGGUUGGCCGUUCAGAUACUGAAGAAAACGAGCAAAACAAUGGAACCAUAUCUUAUUUCUUACUUCACUAAUGCCAUUACCCAUGGAAUUGAUGAUAACGCCGGCGAUAUUGAUGACGAUGAGCCCACUCCUGUCGUUCACAAAUCAACUGCAAAAGGAUCCCGAAAUUCAAAGACUGCUAAUCAAACAACUUCUGUCACUCAGAUAUGUGAACUGAUUUAUGAAUUGAACCACAUUUGUCCUAAUAUUAUGGAAGGAAUUUUACCACAACUCGAGUUUAAAGUGAAGAGCACUGAUGAGAAAGAGAGGUGUGAUUACACCAAAUUAUUGGCCCGACUUUUCUCUGAUAAAGACUCAAAUUUGGCUGAAAUUUAUCCCGAUUUGUGGAAAUCAUUUUUGGGACGAUUUCGAGACAUAAGCGUAACGGUGCGAAUGCGUUGCGUUCAAUAUUCAAUGCACUUUUUGGUCAAUCAUCCCGAACUUCGCGAUGAUAUUAGAGAUCAAUUAAGGCAACGACAACAUGAUUCAGAUGAAAAUGUCCGCUACGAAGUGGUUAUGGCUAUAAUUAGUGCGGCAAAGAAAUCCAUUGAAAAUAUUAAUGAAGAUCUUCUUAGUUUUGUUAAGGAAAGAACAUUAGACAAGAAAUUUAAGAUAAGACGAGAAGCACUUCUCGGAAUGGCUCAGCUCUACAAGCAAUACAAUGUGGCCUCAAUUGGAGAGUCAGGAGAUUCGAUGGACAAUUCGGUGUCUGAAAGCGCCAAUUCGGCACUAAAAAUGCUUAAUUGGAUUAAAAAUAAAUGUCUCCAUAAUUAUAUCAAUUAUCAAACACAACUCGAUGACAGAUUACUUGUUGAGCGUAUUCUUCACACAUGUCUUAUACCAUAUUCCUUACCUUUGGCACAAAGAAUGAAAAGUCUUUACACGUUUUAUUGUACGAUCGAUUCGCACGCCGCGCGUGCUUUCAAUGAAUUGCUUCGUCAGCAACAGAUUGUUAGAAAACAAGUUAAAGAAGUACUCGAUCUUCUAAGGAACGAAAAGUCUGAUGAUAGGGAUCAAUUGAUUAAACAAAAGAUACAAAUAUGCGCAAAGAAUUUGCCCGAACCCGUCAAAGCCGAUGAAUAUAUUACUAAAUUAUGUCGAAAUUUGGAAAUAAAUCCGGCUCUUAGAGAGCACAUGGAGCUUAUUGUGACAUCGACUUCAUUUCCUAGUAUUGGUGAAGAUGGAGUUCAACUAUUACCACCUCCCAGUUCAACCAUUGAAGCCAGUGUUAGGGAAGUGCUUAAAUCAUUGGGUUUUCCGGUACAAACAAAUUCAUUUUAUAUGAUAAUCAAGCAAUUAAUGGAACGAAUUGCACCGAUUAUGGUAGAUCAUGAGGGUCUUUUAAUUUUAUUUAAUUAUGUUUCUGAUUCUCUGUUGGGCGACGGAGAGUUGGACAGUGAGAUGGGAAUUGAGAAUUCAGCCAAAAGAGGACUACAACUUAUUUUGAGCCUAUCUCUAGUUUUUCCGGCACUGUUUCACGGCAGAGAAAUAUUCACAUCUUAUUUGUUACCAUUUUUAUGGCAAAGUGGAGAUCAGCAUCAAAUCUCUGAAUUAAUUUUACAAAUAUUAACAAACAUUGGCCCUUCUGCUGGUGCCGAUGCUCUUGAAGAAGAGCGACAGCUUCUGGCAUAUCCCUGGUGGGCGGCCGACGAUGUCAUUCCCAGACUUGUUGACCGAUUUGUCUUAAAGGCAUCGACAACAAAACAAGCAAAAUACGCCAUACAAUGCUUGAAUGCUAUAAUUGCUGAUGAAAAUGAAAAGAUGAAAGUAUUUGGCGAAAUCAUUGAUCAAAUUAAGGCGAGUGGCUUAUCUCUGGAGACAUCUCCUUACUUUAGAAGCCAUUUGGUAACACUAGGAAUGAUAGCUAUAUAUGGCGGACAAAUAUUUUUCCCGAAAGUUCUUCGAUCUAUAAUUCAGAAGUUUAUAGUUCAGGGAUUGUUAAUGAAAGACGUGAAAACUGAUAUCGAAAUCAAUACAUUAGAGGAAAACGAAAGACAGAGAGAUAAUUCUGAUCCUAAUAUUAGUUACGAAUAUUGUAGUGAAGAGGUUAAAGCAAAGAUUGAAGGAAUUAAAUUAAUGGUUCGAUGGCUUUAUGGCAUCAAAAUUAGUACUAUUUAUGCUAUGCCUGAGAGUCAACAAGAAUUAAUACAACAAUAUCAGAAAACAGCAUCCAAUACAUUAAAUAUGCUGAAAGUGAUCCUUCAAAACAAAGGUGAUCUAAAUGAGCAAAAUCUUGUGGGAACUACACUAGAAAAGGCUCACUUAAGACAGGCUGCGGCGUUGGCUAUGCUUAAAAUAACACAAAACGAUUCAAUAAUAUCCAUAUCAAGUAAUGGUGACAAUACACCAUUAUAUAAUUCUCCGACCACUUUAUCAAUUAUGACGGCCGAACAGUGGCACUCAUUGGCCACUACUCUAUUAGAUACCGAAGAUUUUGUUCGCGAAAAGUUUUCAGUUAAACUACACAAAGGAUUGAUGUCAAUGGCGUUAGGACUGGAAUUCUUAGCAAUUCUUUCAUUAGGCGGAACUUUCAAUACUGAUUCAAUGGCUAAUUUCAAAAAUAAAUUGCGAUCUUAUUUGUUCUUAAAUUUGGUUAAAAGACGAGAACUGAUUAAAUCAAAAUCAGUGUCAAACAUGAAGAGCGUAAUGCCUGACUGUGUGAUGCCUUUUGUCAUACAUUUGUUGGCUUAUAUGCCAUUUUAUGUCAAAUACGAUGAUAUUACACAACUAGAGAGUGUUAAAGAGUGUCUUUGGUUUGUGAUGGAGCCGUUGGUUCUGAAGAACGAACACUUUUCGUUUUCAUUCUUCAAGAGAACAUUCGAAAACAUUAAGGUUUGUGUCGAUCGAGUCUCACAAACUCAAGAAUCCGAAGGCAACUCAUCGACUUCCAACAUAAUGGCAACAAUGACUAAUUACAAGAUAUACUGCGCCUGUGAUUUAGCUCUCGGAUUAGUUAUGAGUAAAACACAAAACUUUCUUCUCAAAGACUUUCCCGUUCAACCAUCACUUCCAGGAAAAUAUUUUAUUGUGUCGCCUUCGGCUGUCGAUAACAAUUUGAAGUGUUAUUUACCGACUGAAAUGCAAUUCGCACCACCGAAACGUUGUGGUCUCGAAGCAGAGAUUCUCGGGAAAAUUACCAAAUCUUUUCCACAGUCACCAGUAAUACCUCCGCCACAGAGAGGUCGUCCAGCGAAGACAGCUCAACAACAACAGCAACAAAUAAAACAACAAAUUGUUGUCAUUACUGGCGAAAAUUUACUGGAAGAAGGAGUAAUUAUUGAACAAGAGACUGAAAAUUUAACAAACAAUCCGAUCCAAAGACCUCGUAAACAAACUGAUAUAAAUAAUACAGAAGACGAAACAAAUGGUACUGAAAAAGUCGAACCAAUUGCUAAACGUAGUAAAGUAGAUACUAAUACAAUCACUGUAAGUGCAGCGCCGGCAUCAACAGCUAAUGCUGUUUCUGCAGGACGUAUGACACGCGCCAGGGGUUCAAAAGUAAGCGAAACUAAAGAUUCGUCCAAUGAAGACAAAGAUGAAUCACAAAAUGACAAUGAAGAAGAAGAAGAUGAGGAGGAGGAAGAAGAAGAAGAUGAUGAGGAGGAGGAGGAGGAAGAAGAAGAAGAAGAAGAAGAUGGUGAUAAGGAGACAAUUCAAGUCUCACAGAAGCGAACCCGUGGUAGACCACCAAAAAGUUCUACUAUAGCAGCCGCAGCACCGACUGCACAAUCUGCUUCUCUUGAAGAUGACUCAUCUCCUCAAAGAAAAUCAGCAAGAAUUGCAAAAAAGGUACCGACGCAAAGAUCCCCAUCUCCAGAAGCGACUGCACCGGCAACUCGUGGUGGUAAAGGUCGUCCCAGAGGUCGCGGCAGAAGAUAAAUAUAAAAAUACACUUAUUAUAAAGUCAUUUACUUUUAUAAUUGUCAAAACAUUUCAUUAUUCAUUAUUUUUACUUAUUUAAUACAAACAUUAUUUCAUUUGAUAAAAUAAUAUUAAAUUUUUUAUCAAUUUUCGCUGAUUAUCAAAAAAAAAACAUUAC